UUCUUCUUCACCUUUACCCUUACUAUUUUUACGCAUACAUUCUUUAAACAAUUAUGGAAAAAUUACUCCAGUGGGCAGUCAACAACAGUGAACUGAAACCUGAUCCGUCCAAGUUUGAUCCAGCUGUCAUUGAAGCAAUCCUCGGUAAAGACGAUGCCACCCGCAUGAAAGAGGCUGUUGAUUGCAUUAUCGAUCCAAAGGAUACACUCGAGAACAAAGAGAUCGCGCUGGAUAACUUGGAAAUGGUAUGAAUUGUAUUGGCAGAAAAAGAGCAACUAAGGGAUACAGGCAAAGCAUACUCACGAAAUACUAACUGCUUUGUUUGCGUAUGGAUUUUAUGUACAUAUAGCUUAU